UGUCAUAAAUUAUCCGGCAAAUUGUUAUUUUCCGGCAACAGAAAAGGAAAUCCUGUUUUGUUGUGUCAUAUCUCCGGUUCGCUGUUUUGAAAUAGUGUGGUAGUUGUAAGUUGAUGAAUUUUAAACUUUAAACCCACCUAUAAAAAAUGGUGUAGAAUCCCUGAAAUCGAGGAGUAUUUGGAGAUCCAAUAACAAACUCUGAUUCAAAGUACAAAACAUUUUCAGAAAAAUGGAAAUAAUAGUUUCUCAGAAUCCUGCAGUACAUUAGAAGAUCUGAAACUGAAAAUCUUGGUGAUGAUCAAAACAAACCAAAAACCAGAAGAAAUAUCCAGACCAGAACAGUGAAAAAAAAAAACAAACUCAGAAGGUGAUAAUUUUUUAAAGGUGCAAUAUUUUAUGGAAAAAAGAUUUGUAGUGAGCUUACUUAAAGAGAAAAGGAAGAGUGUAAGAGGGAAAGAUAUCAUAAUCUCUUGCUGUUUUUGGUAUACGAUUCGUAGUUUAUAAAGGUGGUUUCCCUGCUUGGUCACAUAAUGUGCUGGUGUUGAUCAAGUAUCUGAUGUUUUCUCAUAUGCUGCUGGUUUGUAAUGGUAUAAAUAUUGUGGUGGUAUGAACUCUCUUAAAUCCUUAAUGAGUUGCUAGAAUAAUUCAAUGGAAGCUGGACAGCUGAUCGAAGAUAAUGAGAUUAUUGGAAACCACAGGCAUGAGGAUGCCUCUGAUUUUCAAGGCCAAAAGUCUGAGAGAGAUGAAAGUCCAUUGGAAACUAGGAGGAAACAUAUUGAUAACCUGCCAAGGCUACGCGAUUUAAUGGACAUGGAAGAUCGAGAAGAUGUCAGAGGUAACCAGUUAAGAGUUACAAUGCCUCAAAAUAUUGUUCCAGUUGGCGAUAUCAGUUUGUUUGAGAAAGAAAAAAAUUAUGCCCAAAAGAAUGCUACCCAGUGUGAAGUGCCUGAGAUGAUGAUAGUUUAUUUGAAGGAAACAUCUAAUCAUGCUGUUAACAUCCGCUUUGAUGAUAAAGUACCUUCUUGUGACAAGACUGCGGUGGAAAAUAAAGAGGCCAACCACAGUUCAGACUUAUGCUUCUCAAGCUGCACCUCAGAUGUACACAGUGAUUUAAUAAAAGAAAUCAUGGAAGACUUGGCAUCCAAUUCAGAUGCAAUGGGUGAACAUGAUACCAAGAAUUUGAUGGAGGAUGGCGAAGGCAAGUUAAAUUUUACAGAUGGACUUGGAAGUGUCUCAUGCAGUGAGAAGUUUGUGACUAUGGAUGUGCUUCCUGUAAGAAAAAAGGAAAUGGAUAUACUCCAGUUCGAGGCACUUGAUGACGAUGAAGAUAUGCAACAAUCUGGUCAGGACACAUAUGAAGAGGUGAAUUCAUCAAGCUCCAGUUUGUUUUGUGCUGUUGAAGCAAUCAACUGUGGCAAUGUAGAAGAGACCUCUUCAAAUGUUUAUUUAGAGAGCGAUAGUUUCACUAUCAAUCCUGGUUCUUCACCUCGAUUAGAAAGUGAUAUUAGCGGGGAACAAACACAUUCGGAACUUGUUCAUGCCUUAACACCUCCAGCUGGGGAAGAUAGUUUGGGGGAGCUCAGAUCAGCUUCAAGCAGAAGCAUUUUAACUCAACAUGGUCAAGGAGAAUCAAGUUUUUCUGCGCUGGAUAAUCCAGCAGCUCUGGUUACUCGCUCAGGGCGGAUAGCCUACUCCGGUAGCAUUUCUCUUAGGUCCGAUAGCAGCACGACAAGCACUCGCUCCUUUUCCUUCCCUAUAUUACAAGCCGACUGGCACACCAGCCCUGUGAGAAUGGCGAAAGCUGAUCGGAGGCAUUAUCGGAAGCACCAGCGCUGGAAGCUAUCUCUUCUAUGCUGUAAAUUCUGAAAAUUACCAAUUCAAAUCAGUUAUUGACAUUACCAGCCUCGAUCAUAUUUUUCUCAUGAUAGUUGAACUCUCUAAUUUUAUUUUAUUUUUUGCUCUCAAAUUUCACUUUCUUCAAAUGCCUGAGUUUUUUUUUUUAGUAAUUUGCUCUGAUAUAUUACCACUUUGGAUUUGGCAGUUUCCUAGAAAUUUCUAUGUCAUGCCAAGAUUUUGUGCCCA